CCGGGGGCAUCUGAGUGUACGCUUUUUUAUACUGUGAUAUAGAGAGAGGGCCUAGGGUUCGUAUCAGUACACAGUUCUAGACUUCUACUCCUCCCCUCCAUUGAAAAAGCAAGCGCCGAGCGGGAGAGCAUCUUCAAUCUCAUUCUCAAUUCGGCGGUGCGGAAAAGGGCAACCUCAUCCCCCCAACUUCCCAGAAGUCGCUUCAUUAGUGUCUGUACUUGUUAACCGAACUCUCCAAUGGGGGAUGGUGAGGGUGAUUUUCAACCUUCAAAAAAGAGAGCAGCUGGAAGAGAAAUAUCUAAAGAUAACCCUGGUCUUGAUGACGACGAGGAUAUAUCUGAAGCAGAAAUGGGAACCUUCAAAAGGGCAAGUGAUGAAGUUCUGGCAGGACGAAGAAUUGUUAAAGUUCGUCGAAAUCAGCCAUCAUCAGCCCAAUCAGCUGCGCCUAAUCCAUUUGCAGGAAUACGGUUGGUUGCGCCAACAGUACCUGCUGCUACUGCAGCUCCAGCCACUGCUGAAGCUAACAGUUGCAAGGAUGCUGUGGAAGGUGAGGGGAAAACUGCUGGAAGCACUGAAUUAAAUGAUGAUGAGAAGAAGGAUAAGUCAGAAAGCGACACUGGGGAACCAAAUAUAGAAUCUUCCGCUGAUAAGGAGAAGAAUGACGGUGAAGAUGGGCCGAAGGAACAUGAAUCCACCGAUGAAAAGGCUGAAGUUGUAACAAAUAAGGAUGUGGAAGCAGAAAAGAUCAAGAAGGAUGCUGAAAGUGAGAAAGAAGAGGAUGAAAAUAAACCGAAGGACCGCAAUGGGGACGCAGAGAAGAGUGGAGAUGCAGAGAAGAGUGGAGACAUGGAGAAAAGUGGAGAUGCUGCACCCUUCAGCUCCUUCCAUCAGCUUUCAAGCAGUCAAAAUGCUUUUACUGGCCUCGCGGGAACUGGGUUUUCUGGCUCUUCAUUCUCCUUCGGGUCAAUUGCAAAGGAAGGUUCUUCACUGGGUUCUGGUUCUCUUUUUGGUUUGAAAAGCGACCAGCCUUCUUUUGGGUUUGGCCUUUCAAGCAAUGGAAGCUCCUCUCUCUUUGCAACCUCCGAUGCUUCGACAAUUGCAAAGAGCGAAGGGAGUGGAUUUCCUUCCAAGCAGGAGGUUCAGGUGGAGACAGGGGAAGAGAAUGAGAAGGCCGUCUUUGUAGCUGAUUCUGUUCUAUUCGAGUAUCUGGAUGGAGCAUGGAAGGAGAGGGGAAAGGGGGAGCUCAAAGUAAAUGUUCCUACAACAGGAACAACGAAAGCUAGGCUCGUAAUGAGGACCAAAGGGAACUUUCGGUUGAUAUUAAAUGCUAGUCUUUACCCGGACAUGAAACUGACAAAUAUGGACAAGAAGGGUAUAACCUUUGCCUGUGUGAAUAGUGUGAAUGAAGGAAAAGAUGGCCUUUCUACAUUUGCUUUGAAGUUCAAGGAUGCUUCGAUAGUUGAAGAGUUCAAAUCCAGUGUCAUGGAGCAUAAAGGGAAAACCCCUGUUGCCCUGAAGACACCAGAAAAUUCUCCCAAGGCUUCCGAUGAGUAGAUGAUGCUGAUGUGUGAAGUUUGCAUCUAAUGUCCUGUCUCCAGAAGCUUCGUGUCAUCCUUUUUGUUUACUUUUUUUUUUUUUUUUUUUUCUUUUUCCUUUUUUUCUUUAGAAACCUAGGGAGCAAAAAGACUGAAGGUGAGAUGAGGGUAUAUCUAUUUAGAGAGGUUGUCUUCUGUAAGGCGUUCAAUGUGGUGGAGGAGAUGAUUCAUAAGAAUUUUUUUGUUGUCUCUGGAAGCUUUCGGAGCUCCCUCUUUCUAUUUGGUUGUGCCUGACCUGUGAUACAAUAUAUGGAUCUGAGAUUUAAUCAUAGAUUAUAUUAUUAUGUCGUUAACCGUGCGUUAUGGCCC